CCUCUAUUCGCUCCGUUUGAUCCGUAUAUAGGUGUAGAGGUAUAUGUGCUUGUCCGGCUUCCUCUACGUGGGGUUUAACGGGUUGUCGUAUAGAACCGGGUUUAUGUGCGAAGUGUUUGCUUGGUCGUGGCUGGCCUUUUUUGCUGCAGGGGCCUUUGUGGGCUGCUGCCCUUGCAUCGGGCCAAGGAUUCGAGGGGAGGAGAAAGUAGGGCUGAAUUGCCCGUGGAAGAUGCUUAUUGGGUGUGGUAUUUCUUUCGAUGACCCCCUGGUUCUUGGUAGGGAGGGAAUUAGGGUGAGUGUAGUAGGGAUUAUGGUAGGUACAGCACACGCCGAUACAGUGCCUCGCGUCUUGGUACCUUUCUGGAUGGUGAAGACGUGGUUUUGGCUUUAGGGAUUGCGAGGUUCGAUUCGACCUGAAGUGACUGACAUUGGCCAC